AUGACUUCCUCUGGAAAAAAGGCUGAUGGAAAGAGUCAUUCCACAAUCUCUGACAAAGAGAUCCAGUCUCGUUUAUUGGCAAUUGAAUAUCAACUUUCCGAAUUGAGCAAAACAAUGAAAGUAAUAUCAUCGUCCCUACAUUUCCAGGCGAAUCACCAAUUCCUGAACUCUUCCAGCCACUCGUCAACUUCUCAAUCUCUCUCCCAGCCCCCGGACAAGGACACUUUGGUCUCCCAGGGCUUGCCGAGUUCGCAGUAUAACAAAUUACCGCCUCUAGACGUCAUCCUGGGUGCCUGUGAUGUCUACUUUCGAUAUUGCCAUAAUCAACCUUAUUCCCUGUUCCAUGAAGAAAGCUUUCGAGAUAAACUCUCUUCGGGCGACAUCCCCACUCAUCUCCUAUAUGCCUUCCUCGCCAGCACCAUCAGGUACACCGAAGAUCCUUAUUUCUCCGACAAGGUUGCCGCGCUGGCGGCUUAUGCGAACCUUUCUUGGAAGUCUAUUGUGAUGCCUUGGAACGGGAUACAGAGCGAUGGUGAACUCAGCAUUGUGCAGACUAUCCUUCUUCUCGCCAUCAUUGAUUAUACGGAUGGAAGGACGCACGGAUCCUGGAUCAAGGUAGGCCUCGCCAUCCGCCUGGCUCAAGACUUUCGGCUCAUGGUAGAGCCUGACCAUUCACUACCUUUCCACCAACAGGAAGAGAGGAGACGAGUGUUUUGGUCUUUCUUCAUCUGCGACAAACUAAUCUCUUGCGGGCGUGAUCAACCUGCGACGAUUUCAGAUGAACAUUGCAAGCUACAGCUCCCUUGCGACGAGGUCGCAUUUCGAACGGGAAAUGCUCAGCAGACGCUGACCCUGGACAGGAUCCAUGGUGAAGAACAUGCUACAUCCCUAAGCUCUCUCAACCCAUUUGCAUUGUCCACCAUUAUGGCCUCAACACUCUGGAAAUGUGCUCGUUACGCUCUCGAUGAAGAGGAGGACCUAAGCCCGGGUGGCCAAUACGCACCCUGGAAUCCUCACUCCAAGUAUUCUUCCCUCCACUCCACGCUCCUUCACCUAGAAACCAACCUCGGUCUCCACGAGCCGCUGAAUGAGAGGAUUCUCCAGCAGUUCACCAGCAAUGGCGGCAUGGUUGACCAACACCGUGGAGCCCCACUGGUGUUUGCACAUGCCCUAUUCCAUGUCUGCCAAUGUCUACUUUUCCACCCCUUUUUGCUCAAGCGGAGAUUGAGCGGGCUUGGUUACAGAGCGCCUCUCAGCUUCCUAGUGCACGCUUUUGCCGCCUGUCAAAACGCAGCCAGCGCCCUGUCCAGAUUAAUGGACGACGUCAAGGCAUUAUGCUGUGAGACACUCACCACCCACUAUGACCCGUUCUAUGGCUAUUGUGCAACGGUUGCGGCAGCUGUACACUCUCUCUUUUGUCUCUCGCCGGAUUCGGUCAUCGUGGCGGAGGCGACCAAAGCCUUCGACUCUAGCAUGCAGAGUCUCAAGGAGCUGGCAUUCUACUGGAGGAGUUGCGCAUACAUGAAGACACGGCUGGAAGAGUUCCACACACGAUCUGUUCGCUACUCAUCCCUUGUCGACCCCCGAGAGCAGGAGCUGCAAUUGGAAGACGACGACGUGAGCGAGUUGCUCGAGUGCUUGGACUAUUCACGCAUGUCGACUCAUCACCAGCGCAAAACUCAAAGUGCGACGACGGUCGCGGGCAUCUCUCAAUUCCCCAGUCCACUCUUCGAUGAGUUUGUCAGUCUGCUGCCAUUCUCCACGAAUAGACAAGUAGGCGACAUGUCCUUCGAACCCUUCUUCGUCGGCCCCAUGACCCCAGAUCUCAGCACCAAUGCCGUCCACGUUCCUUUGGACAUUCCAGUUAAACAAUCUCAAUCUACCGACCUACCGUUGUCGAUCCCGCAUGCUGCAGCGAUGGUCCCCGAGUCAUUUCCUGUGGAAUCUGCCACCACAAGUUCCAUUUCGCCAACCGCAUCUCAUAGAUCGCAGGUACAAGCCUCUCGGGGUGUGUCAUACGGCUCCACAAAUCCGGUCAGCACUUUGAUUCGGAAUGGCGAGCUCUCCCAGUCUAGCCAACCUGAUGAUCCGUUUACAACAGUUCGUCCAAGGCGGGUGACGAAUUCUUCGGUCUGUCAACGACCCUGGUAUGAGCAAGAUUCUGUUUAA